CCUGUGAUUCAUCAGGGGACAGACAGGUUCCCAGCAGCCCCAGGCCGUCUUCCUUCCCUCCACACUGCCCACUCACCCACAGCUCCAAGCCCGGGCCAGGCGGCAGUUUAUUUCCUGGGUUUGGGGGACCUGUGUGCCCCCCACCCCCAACAAGGGGAGGUCCCCUUGAAUUCCUGAUCGAAUCUAAUGGCUGUGCGCACCAAGGGAGCGGCCCUGUUUGGCUUGGAAGCCUCUAUCUUGGCAUCUGUCCACCUCUGCACGGAGCUGAAGCUUGACCGACCCCAGAGCAUCUGCACAGAGUGAGGGAAGGACUAGAACAUGCUCUGAAGAUCUCUGCAACAAGACCCAGGAGGCAGUGAGCUCGGUCCAAACUCUGAAGCACACGGUGGUCCCACGCGCCCUUACCUGGAGGGCUCCCGCGUGACUCUCCCCGGGUCUGCACACACCCGGGGUCAGCACUGUGUCGGCAGAUGGAUGUGGAGUCCCUGGUCUUAUGCUAGGGGAAGAGAAACCAGACCUGCUGCAGCAGCUUUGGGAAGUGGGGAGAGGAAAUAGCCGCCCUGCCCCCGGCCCACCAUGGCAUCCGCUGACAAGAAUGGCGAGAGCGUCUCCUCUGUGUCCAGCAGCCGCCUGCAGAGCCGGAAGCCGCCCAACCUGUCCAUCACCAUCCCGCCCCCCGAGACCCCAGCCCUUGGCGAGCAGACCAGCAUGCUGCCCCAGAGGCCCAGGAACCCAGCCUACAUGAAGAGCGUCAGCCUCCAGGAGCCACGGGGACGAUGGCAGGAGGGCAGCUCGGAGAAACGCCCUGGCUUCCGCCGCCAGGCCUCCCUGUCCCAGAGCAUCCGCAAGGGCACGGCCCAGUGGUUCGGGGUCAGCGGCGACUGGGAGGCGAAGCGGCAGCACUGGCAGCUGCGGAGCUUGCACCACUGCAGCGUGCGCUACGGCCGCCUCAAGGCCUCGUGCCAGCGCGACCUGGAGCUCCCCAGCCAGGAGGCGCCUUCCUUCCAGGGCACCGAGUCUCCGAAACCCUGCAAGAUGCCCAAGAUCGUGGAUCCCCUGGCCCGAGGACGGGCGUUCCGCCACCCGGAUGAGGUGGACAGGCCCCAUGCCCCACACCCACCGCUGACGCCGGGGGUCCUGUCCCUCACCUCCUUCACCAGUGUCCGCUCUGGCUACUCCCACCUGCCCCGCCGCAAGAGGAUGUCUGUGGCCCACAUGAGCUUUCAGGCCGCUGCCGCCCUCCUCAAGGUCGAGAUGCCUCCCCGCCUCUGCCCGGCCCCCGCGGUCCGUCCCUCCCUCUCCCCACAGCCCCAAGAGCUCACCCGGGGGCGCUCAGUGCUGGACGCCGCGGGACAGCGGUGCCGGGCGGUCAAACGCAGCUUUGCCUACCCCAGCUUCAUGGAGGAGGAUGUGGUCGAUGGGGCAGACACAUUUGACUCCUCAUUUUUUAGUAAGGAAGAAAUGAGCUCCAUGCCCGAUGACGUAUUUGAGUCUCCCCCCCUCUCGGCCAGCUACUUCCGGGGGAUCCCACGCUCGGCCUCCCCGGUCUCCCCCGAUGGGGUGCAGACCCCUCUGAAGGAGUCCGGCCGAGCCCCAGCCCCAGGGGCCAGGCGCGGCAAGCGCAUCGCCUCCAAGGUGAGGCACUUUGCCUUCGACCGGAAGAGGCGGCACUACGGCCUGGGCGUCGUGGGCCACUGGCUAAACCGCAGCUACCGUCGCAGCAUCAGCAGCGCUGUGCAGCGGCAGCUGGAGAGCUUCGACAGCCACCGGCCCUACUUCACCUACUGGCUGACCUUUGUCCAUGUCAUCAUCACGCUGCUGGUGAUUUGCACGUACGGCACUGCACCUGUAGGCUUUGCCCAGCACAUCACCACUCAGCUGGUGCUCAGGAACAAAGGUGUGUAUGAAAGCGUGAAGUACAUCCAGCAGGAGAACUUCUGGAUCGGCCCCAGCUCGAUUGAUUUGAUCCACCUGGGAGCCAAGUUCUCCCCCUGCAUCCGGAAGGACCAGCAGAUCGAGCAGCUGGUGCUUCGGGAGCGAGACCUAGAGCGGGACUCGGGCUGCUGUGUCCAGAAUGACCACUCGGGCUGCAUCCAGACCCAGCGGAAGGACUGCUCGGAGACUUUGGCCACUUUUGUCAAGUGGCAGGAUGAUACGGGGCCCCCCAUGGACAAGUCUGAUCUGGGCCAGAAGCGGACGUCAGGGGCAGUGUGUCACCAAGACCCCAGAACCUGUGAGGAGCCAGCCUCGAGCGGCGCCCACAUCUGGCCCGAUGACAUCACCAAGUGGCCAAUCUGCACCGAGCAGGCCAAGAGUAACCGCACCGGCUUCCUGCACAUGGACUGCCAGAUCAAGGGCCGCCCCUGCUGCAUCGGCACGAAGGGCAGCUGUGAGAUCACCACCCGGGAAUACUGUGAAUUCAUGCACGGCUACUUCCACGAAGAGGCAACACUCUGCUCCCAGGUGCACUGCCUGGACAAGGUGUGUGGGCUGCUGCCCUUCCUCAACCCCGAGGUCCCGGAUCAGUUCUACAGGCUCUGGCUGUCUCUCUUCCUCCAUGCUGGCGUGGUGCACUGCUUGGUGUCUGUGGUCUUCCAAAUGACCAUCCUGCGGGACCUGGAGAAGCUGGCCGGCUGGCACCGCAUCGCCAUCAUCUUCGUCCUCAGCGGCAUCACCGGCAACCUCGCCAGCGCCAUCUUCCUCCCGUACCGGGCGGAGGUGGGCCCGGCGGGGUCGCAGUUCGGCCUCCUCGCCUGCCUCUUCGUGGAGCUCUUCCAGAGCUGGCAGCUGCUGGAGCGGCCCUGGAAGGCCUUCCUGAACCUGUCAGCCAUCGUGCUUUUCCUCUUCAUCUGCGGCCUCCUGCCCUGGAUUGACAACAUCGCCCACAUCUUCGGCUUCCUCAGCGGGCUGCUGCUGGCCUUCGCCUUCCUGCCCUACAUCACCUUCGGCACCAGCGACAAGUACCGCAAGCGGGCCCUCAUCCUGGUGUCGCUGCUGGUCUUUGCCGGCCUCUUCGCCUCCCUGGUCAUCUGGCUCUAUGUCUACCCCAUCAACUGGCCCUGGGUCGAGUAUCUCACCUGCCUCCCCUUCACCAGCCGCUUCUGCGAGAAGUACGAGCUGGACCAGGUGCUGCACUGACCCCUGCCCGGCAGGGCUGGGCGCCGCUGCGGCCCACAGAACACGGAUGGCGCCGGGCCCGGGCCUGGGACCGGCUGCCUGUCUGCGGGGCGCCCCACCCUGCACUCCGGAGACCCGCUGCCAGGGGCCCCGGCCCUCCCUCCACCAGGCCAUGCUGACUCCGCCAUGACAGUCACAAAGGCGGGUUCCUCGGGGGAGCAAGGCCGCCCUUCCUCAGUCUGGGGGACCCUCCGAGCGUGUGCUUCUCCGCAGCACGGGGACUCGGGCCCCGGCUUCCCGCCUCUCCCCUGACAGCAGGACCCCUGCCGAGGGGUGAGCUGCUCUCCUUCCCAAGGUCCUCGGCUUUGCCGAUCUCCCCCCUCAGCCCCUGCUGGUGCCUGCCUUCCCGUCACACACACACCCCAUUACUGUGGGUGUGCCUUCACUGGGACAUGGCCAGGGUUCCCGCCAGGUUCCCACCCCUGCCUCACCGCGGCCUCACCUCCCUGCCCUGUGAGCCCGUGCCCCUCAUUCAGCAGUGGCCUGGUGAGCCUGCCCUUAAUGCUCCUGGACCAGACUCGUGGGAAAGGCUUUGCCAUGGGCUGGGGCAAAGAAAGAGCACGGAGACAUAGCGAGGCUGGGAAGCUGAGGGCCUCCCCUCGAUCGUUGCGAACAGAGGUUGUCCCCUCUCUGUCUGUCCGGCCCUCCCUUCGAGUCAGUGUUCUGCCUUCUGGGGCUGGCUCUGAGAAGGCUGGCCCUACCCCACUCUGCCUCACCCCUGCUGGGCCACCUCAAGGAUCUGCUCCUGGGGGUUGCCUAAGGCUGUGUCAGGCCCAUUUUUUACUGGUUUAUAUCAUGGUUCUAAUUUUUAAAAGUAACGCUAACUUUAUAUGGAUGAUGUAUCAAAUGUAUUAAAUGAUAUUCUGUACAAGUA